CCGCCUGGGGCCGAUCCCUCCUACCCAGCGGCGUGCGGGGCUCCCCACACAUCUGAGAGCAGCCGGGGGGGCGAGGUCCAAGGUCUAGGGCGAGCCCCGCGCCCCGGUCGUGACAGCCUGGGCCGGGGUCGGAAACGGCGUCUGUGUUUAGAAGGCGGACGGCAGCCUGGGCCGGUCGCCCCGGCUGUAAGGAGCUAGCCCCGCGCCGGAGCAACCCAGACCGAUUCGGAGGGGAUGACAGUAGCAGGAGGCGGUGAACUGCGGACGCUUAACUUCCCUUCCAGAUGUUGCAGAUGAUUUAUUGUGAUCUGAAAGGAGAUGGAUGGGGGUUAAAAAAAAUCUCUGCCUUUUUAGCACUGUAUCUGGAUUGUGGGGCAGUAUUCCUGCUAUGUGUGUGUUGGGGAUAGCCCCAUAACAUGUUCAUCCUGUCUUGGUUAGGGAAUGAGAGCAGCCUAACGCCCCUUCUUCACCCCAUUAUCUCGCUCCCCUCCCUGCCACCCAUGAAAAAGGAAGCUGGUACUGUACAGAAAGAUAAAAUUCCCGUCUUGAUACUGCAAAGCAAGGAUUAUUACUCUGCAGCUGUAAAUUAAUUAGAUAUAUUAGGCCAAGUACCUAGAUAACAAGGUUAACUGGGGCAAUCUAUUUCCUGUGGGGGAUUCUCAGGUUGGUCUGGCAGGGAGAGUUGAAGAUAUUGAUGAUUGAGAACUGCACUGAAUACCUAUCAGUAAUAUCAAAGGGCCGACUUCACUAAAGUAUGGAUUAGCGUCUUUGUCCUGCAAUGAGCUGUUUGGUGGUUAGGAAGGGUUUGACUGAAAAUUGUACUGAUUUUUUUUGACUCUCUUAAAAAUGAAGGUUAGGAAAAGGAUAGUGCAGUUAUCAAAUGUGUGGCUGAGAGGUAUUCAUUUUUGAGAACAUCUGUCCCCAGCAUUGCUCUGUAGUGAUUAGUUGGUCCUCCAAAACAGAAUACUGUCGCUUUAUAAAGCUGAAGGGAGAUCUAAUGUCUGUUUUAUUAAUACCAUUAUUGCACUAGAGAAACCCAGUCAUUUGGAAAGAAUGGAUGAUACCUUUUAUCUAGAUUCACGGAAUGGGCAUUUUAGGUUAAUACUGGAUAUGGGGGAAUCUUUCUAAGGUGAACUAGAGCUGUUUUCAUGUGUGAGCAUCUAUUUUUUAUACCAACUUGCUGUUUAGUGUGAAGCUUAGAAGUAAAAUCUGUGGACUAGAUGUUAUAAAGACCGGAGUGUGUCCCCAACAUGUAGCACUUGUGUGGGAAAGUAGCAGGAUUGUGUUAGAAACCGUGUUUUGAAAUAACUAUACUCUUUGGGUUUUGGAAAAUUUUCAACAUUUUAUUUCUGAAAGAGUAGAAAGGGCUGAGCCAUCCUUGUUGGUGGAACAUCUCUUCAAUUUUUCCUGUAUAUGGAAAUUUACUGCCACUGAGUGUUGGCGUGCACUAAAACAAGAAGAUGAUAAAAAGAAGUUGCAGGCAUUUUGUUUAGAUUAACAAAUGGAAUCUCAAAUCAUGGCUGUUCCAAGUCAGAGGUAACUCAAAUCCCUUUUAAUUAAGGAAACGAUGACAUAACACUUUGGUCAAGGACCAGAUAAAACCUCUCCAAUAAUAGUUUACUUUGAUUUACCCAAAUAUGGGUGUUAGAAGAACAAGCAAUCAGGUGUCAGUUUAAAAUUAUAUCACCUUGAUCUUAGCUAAAAGUUUAAAUACUGUUUUUCUCAAAAUGCACUUUAAGAAGAAGUACACUGAUAUAUAAUUGUAUUUGUUUCCUUAAGUGUAAGGUAACGACAUGGGGACAGUACUUAAGUUAAAAAAAAAAAAAAAAAAGUCUCCAAAAAUAUUGAUGGUGUUGGAAUGCUGUAUCAUUUGUUAAACUACUGUGAUUCCAUUUGCUAAAUUCAGUAAGGAGUUGCUCAUCUUCCAUUCACUCCUGAGUUUCUGUUGGGUUCUGUUCAUUUCCUGUUUGCAUCUGAAUUCCUACCUUGCCUUGCAAUCUCCACCCUCGGCUAACAUGGCCAUACUUGGUUUUUUCACUGGUUAAAACACUAAGAAUAUCCUUUAUUCAGAAUGUCUCUACAUCAGUUUUUAUUAGAACCAAUCACCUGCCAUGCCUGGAACAGAGAUCGUACUCAGAUUGCCAUUAGCCCUAAUAACCAUGAAGUUCACAUCUAUAAGAAGAGUGGGAACCAGUGGGUAAAAGCUCAUGAGCUGAAGGAACACAAUGGACACAUUACAGGUAUUGAUUGGGCUCCCAAGAGCGACCGCAUUGUAACUUGUGGUGCAGACCGCAAUGCCUACGUCUGGAGUCAGAAAGACGGUGUGUGGAAGCCAACUCUAGUGAUUCUGAGAAUUAAUCGCGCGGCCACCUUUGUGAAGUGGUCUCCUUUGGAGAAUAAAUUUGCCGUAGGAAGUGGAGCUCGACUCAUAUCUGUGUGCUACUUUGAGUCUGAAAAUGACUGGUGGGUGAGCAAACACAUUAAAAAGCCUAUUCGCUCCACUGUCCUAAGUCUGGACUGGCACCCCAAUAAUGUCUUGCUGGCUGCAGGAUCCUGUGACUUCAAAUGCAGAGUGUUUUCUGCUUACAUUAAGGAAGUGGAUGAAAAGCCAGCCAGCACACCAUGGGGCUCAAAGAUGCCCUUUGGGCAGCUGAUGUCAGAGUUUGGUGGUGCUGGAAGUGGGGGAUGGGUGCACAGCGUCAGUUUUUCUGCCAGUGGUAACCGCCUAGCCUGGGUCAGCCAUGAUAGUACCGUGUCAGUUGCUGAUGCCUCAAAAAAUAUGAUGGUUUCACAGCUGAAAACAGAGUACCUCCCAUUCCUGAGUGUGUCAUUUGUUUCUGAGAACAGCGUUGUGGCAGCUGGCCAUGAUUGCUGCCCAAUGCUCUUUAACUGUGAUGAUCGUGGCUCGCUGACCUUCGUUUCCAAACUAGACAUUCCAAAGCAGAGCAUUCAGCGCAAUAUUUCUGCCAUGGAACGCUUCCGCAACAUGGACAAGAGAGCCACUACAGAGGAUCGUAACACUGCAUUGGAGACGCUGCAUCAAAACAGCAUCACCCAAGUGUCUAUUUAUGAGGUAGACAAGCGAGAUUGUCGUAAGUUCUGCACCACUGGCAUUGAUGGAGCAAUGACCAUCUGGGAUUUCAAGACCUUAGAGUCCUCUAUCCAAGGUCUACGAAUCAUGUAAAGAUGGAUCUCCAUUAUCUAGCAUGACAGACUGCUUGACAGCAUGCAUCUCCAGCAUCCACACAGACCUGAAAAGGGAUGAGUAAGCUGGAUCAUUUGGAAGCACUGAGAAGAUAUGGCUUGGCAGAUUUUCUUUUAAAUACAUACUUGGUGAAAUGUGUUGGUUUCAAAAUCAGCUGUGAUUGUGUCUCUUUCGUCUUGAUUGGUUGUUUCAUUCGAUUCUUUACCAAAGCUGCUCGGUUAGUAGUAUAUUGCAGGAAGUUAUGGAUCACUAACUUAAAAGGGGAAUUUUAUGUAAAUUGUCUGCUAGAAAUAAAAGAUACAGAAUGUG